AUGGAGGUGGAGGAGGAGGAAAGACGCUCUCCACACGAUCGUGGGGAAGCGUGUGUUCCCGAGAGCUUCUUUGAUCGCGUAACGCAAGGGUUACGCGACGAUCUCGAACAUGAGCGGAAUAGGCGUCUCCAAAUGGCGGACACUGCCUUGAAGCAUCGAGCUGAGUUUGCCUUUGCUCAGCUCGAGAACGAGAGAUCUCUGACAUCUCUUCGUGACGAGCUAAGGGUAGCUCGUGGGAUUGUUGAUCGGUCUCGGGAUGAGAUGAAUGCUCUUCAGACCCUUGUUGAUGCCCACCAUCGGGAGCACAAGGCUCUCUGCGAGAUGCUUGAGCGCAAGGGCGUUCUUCAUCGGAAGAAGCAGCGUACUGAUGGUACGGCUUAA